GAACAACGAUCCGAAUGAAAAAGUAGUCGUUCCUCGCUGCAACAAAUUCUAUAAGCAGUCGUACAUCGACUCUGAGCGGAAAACGAUCAUAAACGAAGAAGAUAUUGUAAUAAGGUAAAAUAGGAAGUGCAUAAACAGAAUCAAGAUGGACGCGGUACCGAUGAGUACUUCUUAUUUGCCCGCUACGCUAUUUUGGCCCUUAGUGCUCAUAGCAGCAGCUUUAGCAGCAGUUCACUAUUACAUCGAAACCUCGCGAAUCGUAAGACUUGGCAAUAAAUUACCAGGCCCUAAGACCGUACCAUUUUUUGGAAAUGCACUAAUGGCCUUAGGAGUGCAACCAAAAGAUGUCCUAACCGAAGUUAUGAAAUAUGACAUUUACGGAAACGUCGCAAGGGCUUUUCUUGGCCCUAAGUUAGUGGUAUUUCUCGUAGACCCGCGCGAUGUAGAGAUAAUUCUUGGCAGCCAUGUACACAUCGACAAAUCACCUGAGUAUAGAUACUUUGCACCUUGGCUGGGCGAGGGUCUUCUUAUUAGCACUGGUGAAAAAUGGCGUAGCCAUCGUAAAAUCAUUGCGCCCACUUUCCAUUUGAACGUUCUUAAAUCAUUUGUGCCGCUUUUCUACGAGAACAGUAUCGAUUUAGUUAAGAGACUGAAGAGUGAAGUCGGCAAAGAAUUCGAUUGCCACGAUUAUAUGUCUGGUAUCACGGUGGACAUUCUUCUGGAAACAGCUAUGGGUGUUAGAGGCACUCAAAAAGAAAAAAGCAGUUACGAUUAUGCAAUGGCCGUUAUGAAAAUGUGCAACAUUAUUCAUCAGAGGCAGUACAACUUUAUGCUGAGAUUAGACACCUUUUUCCAAUUCACGUCUUUUGCGAAGCAACAAACGAAAUUCCUUGACAUUAUUCACGGCCUGACGAAGCGCGUUAUUAAGAAGCGCAACGUCGAGUUCAAGGAUAAGAUGGACUCACCGAUGAUGAACUCGAUUAUGAAAGAAUUGAAAAAGGAUUCGACUGAGAUUGUUGAUGAAAAACAACCAGAGGAGCAGAAAAUGCGUUACGUUAGAGAUGAUCUGGAUGAGAUUGAUGAAAAUGACGUUGGUGAGAAGAGGAGACUUGCCUUUUUAGACUUAAUGUUGGAAAUGAGAAAAAAUGGAGAGCAGCUUACCGACGAAGAGAUUAAAGAGGAAGUUGACACGAUCAUGUUUGAGGGUCAUGAUACUACUGCUGCUGGCUCAAGCUUUGUACUUUGCGUACUUGGAAUUCAUCAAGACGUACAGGAUCGAGUAAUAGAAGAGCUUAAUGAAAUAUUUAAAGGCUCCGAUAGGCCUUGCACUUUCCAAGAUACCUUAGAGAUGAAGUAUCUCGAGAGAGUUAUCUUGGAAACGCUAAGACUGUUUCCACCCGUUCCAGCCAUUGCUAGACAACUUAAUCAAGACGUAAAGCUAGCGUCUGGCGAUUACAUAUUACCAUCGGGAUGCACUGUUGUCAUUCCACAAUUCAAAAUUCACCGAUUGAAGGAAUAUUAUCCAAAUCCUGAUGUAUUUGAUCCUGACAAUUUUUUGCCGGACAAGACUCAAGAUAGACAUUAUUAUGCUUACAUACCGUUCAGUGCUGGACCAAGAUCUUGUGUCGGUCGUAAGUACGCAAUGCUGAAACUCAAAGUUUUGCUCUCAACAAUCCUGCGAAACUAUAAAAUUAAUUCUGAUCUGACCGAAGAAGACUUUAAAUUACAAGUGGACAUAAUUCUUAAAAGGUCUGAUGGUUUUAGGAUACAGAUUGAGCCACGAAAUCAGGCAGUCAUCGUGUAACUUCAUCGACUCCUAAUUCGCAUGAUUUUUUGCCAUUCUUGUCAUUAGUCAAACUUUUAAGUGAUUUUGUAUUUUAUAAGCAUUCGUCUGUAAGUUGAAGUCAGUAAUUUUAGUAGGUAAAGGAUUCUUUUGAAUUUCAUAACAGCUUGUUAAAGGACUGUUGUUUUUGUAAAAAUGGACUGCUUUGUAAUUUAUUAUUUAAAGAGAAAAACUACAAAAAAAUUAAAAAGCCACCUUUGGGCUUUACAUUGAUUUAUUUAGUCAUUGUAAGUUAUCUACCAGUAUGCUUCGAAACUUUCGUAUACUAUGUAACACGUGUUUCGAGAUAUUUAUUUCAGAUUAAUAAAUACUGAUCAAUUUUCCUUUGAGA